CCCGCGGGCCCUGGCACCGGGUGCUGCCUGCCCCCCGGCCUGGCCUCGGGGAGGCGGAUCCCUGCCGGGCCCCGGGGAGCUGCGCUCGAGGGGAGCCGGGAGCAAGUGGGUGCCGGGGCCGACCCCGCCGAGAGCAGCGUCGGCAGAGGGGGCGGGUGGGCAGGCGGCUCCUGAGACUCGGUGCAGCGGUGUCGGGGCUUGCUUCGGGUCCCAGCAACAGGGAAGGCCGCGCCGCGCUGCAGACACCGUCACCGCGGCCCUGGGCGGGGGUUGCUCUUACAGGUGUGUCCCAGGGGACAGAAGACGGAUGACCACAAGAUCUGCCGGCCGUGCACAGAGUCCCCAGACCGCUACGACUGGCUGUACCUGGGCUUCAUGGCCAUGCUGCCCGUGGUGCUGCACUGGUUCUUCAUCGAGUGGUAUUCGGGGAAGAAGAGUUCCAGUGCAUUGUUCCAGCACAUCACGGCCUUAUUUGAAUGCAGUGUCGCAGCUAUAGUUACGCUGCUUGUGAGUGACCCGGUGGGUUCCCUGUGCAUCCGCUCCUGCAAGGUGGUGAUGCUGUCAGACUGGUAUACGAUGCUGUACAACCCAAGCCCGGAUUACAUUACCACUAUUCACUGCACUCAUGAAGCAGUCUAUCCUCUAUACACCAUAGUGUUUAUCUACUAUGCCUUCUGCCUAGUGUUGAUGAUGCUGCUUCGACCUCUUCUGGUUAAGAAGAUCGCCUGUGGCUUAGGAAAGUCGGAUAGAUUUAAAAGCAUUUAUGCAGCCCUCUACUUCUUCCCUAUUCUAACUGUGCUUCAGGCUGUUGGAGGAGGCCUCCUCUAUUAUGCUUUCCCUUAUAUUAUAUUGGUGUUAUCGUUGGUCACCCUGGCUGUGUACAUGUCAGCUUCUGAAGUUGAGUCUUUCAAGGAUCUUCUGCUCAGGAAGAAAAGGCUUGUUGUUCUCUUUAGCCACUGGUUACUUCAUGCCUAUGGAAUCAUCUCGAUUUCCAAGCUGGAUAAGCUGGAGGAGGAUUUGCCCCUACUGGCUUUGGUACCCACCCCUGCCCUCUUUUAUCUAAUGACUGCGAAGUAUACAGAGCCCUCACGCAUACUUUCAGAGGGAGCAAAUGGACAUUAAAUCAACUUGUGCCAAGAAGCUGUCCUGAUCACCUGGAUUAAGCACCCUCAGAGCUUCGUUCAUUCUUUGGGUCUUUGGUGUCUAGUCAGGUUGUUGCUGAACCAAACGCUUCUCGCAACACCUCAGAAAGACUGAGAGACUAUGGACUCAUAAGCUAUGUCUACAUAGCACAACAUUGUGGUGUGCAGAGGUAACCGAGUUAGCUCAGAUCCUGGCAGCAGUGUGGUACUCUGCCCAGGGUAGGUUACCUCAGCCUGGGAAGCAGGUCUAAUUGGCCUGGGCAGGCUGCCACACUAAUGUGGCUGCUCUGUUCCCAAUACCUAAGCUAGCUUCUUCACCAUGACCUUGAGUAUCUCAGCACAGCACAAUGCAAUACUGUAUAAACACACCCUUGGAACGAGCUGCAUUUGCACUCUUACUGCAUGACCAGUAUGUAUGGUUCCGGAUGAGUGAUGUCACUGUAAAUACGCUGCUGGGACAGACCUUGUCAUAUCCAUUUUGUUUGUACCUUAUUUAUUUCACAACACGCGUCUGAACAGAGCAGGAAAAUAGAACUGGUUUUCUGGCACAACAUUCUGGUGUCUGUCAGCCAUCACUGGGAAUCCCUGUCUUCCUGGAAAAAAAGAGUAUGUACUGUGAUGGCCAGAACCAGAAGGGUUAAUAAGCAAUUAUAACAAAAGAAAAUGCUUUUUGAAGAUAUCUGAAAUACAGCUUAUGAAACUGUUUUCUGUCUGUCUGGAGUAUAACCUGCAAGAAUUAUAUAUAGCUUUUUAUACUAAUCUUGAAACAGCAUGAAUUUUAAAAAGCAGAACUAAAAAAUAAUACCGCAGGCUUAGCUGAUUUAAUAAAUUUUUUUUCUGCUUAGGGUCAGUAAAAUAAACUUAGGCAGGAACAUGUUAAUCUCAGAUCCCAAAGUGAUGUGGUGUGAUUUGCUUAUUGGGUAAACCCAAGCUUGGGCAGUAACUUAUUGUAAUGAUUUCUAACACCUUUUUAACCCCAUAGGACAACAGCUAUAGAAUAAAAUUAUAAAUAAUUAUAUAACCAACAAAUUAGCAUAAGCAGGAUAUAAAAGAGUACGCUAAGUAACCCUCGGGAAGGACGGAACAGAAGGGUCACUGCUGUCCCAUUACCCCGGAUCUCUCUUACUCCCUGUGUGAGCGAGGACCAGAUCCUGGCAGAGGGAUCUCCGCCUGGUACAACCCUCCAAAAGCGUGGAUCGAGGAUGCCUGACUUCGCUGAAUCAACUUGAUGUGUAUCUGACUGAGGGACUAUCGAUAAGUUACUAACCAAGUGGGAACUCUUGGUUGAUUUCUUUAAUUAAUUUUUUUGUCUGUUCAUUAGCUUAACCUUUUUACUAACUGUCAUAUGUGCAAACCAUAUCUUUUGUUGUUAUAAAAAAAAAAAAAAAAA